AACGGCUGUUAGGGUUUGGUUAGGGCUAUUAGAGGAUGUCGACGGCGGGGGCGACGGAUGAAGUGCCCGAGUCUCCGGCGAAGAAGCCGGAGUCUACGUCAGAGGAGUCGGAGGAAGAUGAUGACGAUUCUUACGGGGAUGGUCUCCACGAGAUGACCGACCAAGAGCGGGCCAUGUACAUGGAAGCUGUUCGUCGCAGCGAUGGAUUUGAUGUUCCUCCGUUACCCAACGUCUUUGCUCUCUGUCUCAUCCAACCGGUCGGCAGCGAUUGGCCCGCUGAGGAUAUUCGUGAAAUCGCCGACUUCGCCAUGGAGGACCAAAACGAGAAGAGAAGGGAAGAGGGUGUCAAUGAACUCCGGCUUAAAGAAGUCAUCAAGUGUAACGUGAAGGCUGCUUGUCCCCUCGACUAUUACAUAACUUUAAAGGCCGAGGAUGUCAUCACCGGCGAGGUCGAUGAAUAUGAAGCCAUGGUGAAUACUUUUUGCGGAGAGAAAGACGAGGUUCAUAUCUUUAGGAAGAAAAACAAAGCGGCUAUUAAUCCACCCGCAUCCACAGAGGUAUAAUUAAAACAAAGCGGCUAUUAAUACAUUUGUAGCUUGUUAAAAGUGAUGCACGUUCCUGGAGCACAAAUGCAUGGCAAGCAUGAUUGACGUACGCCGGAGAUUUGGGCAGUUUUUGUGCAUGAGUGGUAAAUCAGGGAGUUGCCAUUAGGACAGAUCACUAUUGUUAUACUUAGUUUUAUUUAUAUCAUAUUUGAAUCCUUCCAUUUACUGAUUACUGUAGUCGCUUAUUUUUUCUUGAAGUAUAAAUUUUUACCUGUUAUUCAUCUUGAGACGAACAACAGAGCAACAAAGCCUUUAUCUUUUUUUUUUUCUUU